UCACCACAUAAUUAAAUAUGGCGGAUACGAUCCAGGAAGUGGUGCAAUUCUGACGCCAAAUCAGUGUUUUUCUCCUCUAUAUCUGCCCACAAGACGACGAGCACCGCAGAAGACAGCUACAACAGUGAGAGAAGACGUUACGCGCAGCUGGUGGGUUGCUGGCUCUGAUUCUGCUGAGGUGUUAAUGAAGCGUCGGAGUCGGGGGGAUGGUCGUCUGAUUUAUGUGGGUGGAUACCGGGACCGCCGCUGAGCAGGCGGGAAAGACGCAGGCAGGCGCCGCACAAUAUGGGUGAGAUGGCAUCAGGAGGGAGGAUCGAUCGCUGGGUGUGCCCCAAUGACAGACAGCUGGCCCUACGUGCAAAACUGAAUGCAGGAUGGUCCUUCCACACGGACAAGCUGACGUCGUUUCAGAAGCAGCCGCCGCUGAGCAAGGAGGAACAAGAUGCCAUCCGCAAGGUCAUGGAGAAGGCAGACUUCAUGGAGCAGAUGGAGCAAGAAAGAGUCGGCUGCCUUGUGGAUAGAUUAGACAACAUGAAGAAAGCUGCCAAGGGCAAUGGAACAACCCAGUGUGUUCUGUGUGGGGAUGCCUUCAGGAUGCUGGGGUCUUCACCUCUCACAUGCUGUGACUGCAAAAAGCAUGUUUGUUCCAAGUGUGGAGUAGAGCUCACCACAAAGUUUGGCAGCCAAAGUUACCUGUGCAAGAUUUGUAGUGAGAGUAGAGAGAUGUGGAAACGCUCAGGAGCCUGGUUCUUUAAGGGGCUUCCUAAGUAUGUCCUGCCUUCGGAGCAGCAGAAGAAGGACGAUUCUCGAGGCAAGGGCGCCCGAGGAGGGUACGGUGGGCGCAAGGCUCGGGGCGGCAAGUCUUAUAACACCUGGUCUAAAACUCGAGGAGGUAAGGGUGGAUCAGCGGAGUACAGCGAUGAAGAAGAAGAUGAGAGUUCAGAGGAUGAGAUCAGCCUGGGACGCAAACCCCGGGGGAGGGGCAGGGGCACAGCAUUAGCAGCAGCAGCAGCAACGGCUCCUCCUGUGGAGUCAGAUGCUGAUUCGGCCAGCAUCGGCAGCUAUAACAGCAACCCGCUUUACGAUAGCCGAACCAGCAUCACCAGCGCAGGAGCCUACAACCAGCACAGUGCCACAGAGAGCAUGUACGGAGAUGUUGCUGAGGACGCACUGAGCGCUGGAAGCCCCAAGAUCCAGACAAUACAGGAAAGCCAAGAAAAGAAGGGAUCGUCAGGAGGCCUGAGUCGACACAGCUCAAUGCGUUCUCAGAGCAGCAUCCGGACUGACCGGUCCGACGGCGUAACAUGGAGGCAGAGCCGGGAAGAUGACUAUUAUGAAGACGAGUAUGAUGAUGCGGGAGUUUAUGUGGGACCUCCGCAACAUUCUCAGCUCCCCGUGGACGAACACGACGUGUACAGUCCUGACUUUGAGGAGGAAGACACGACUCUCGGCUCCAUUGAGUUCUCCAUGCUGUACGAUCCCCACAACGCUGCCCUUCACGUUAACAUCAUCCGGGCACGGGGUAUCAAGCCCAUGGACCACAAUGGGAUGUCUGACCCCUAUGUCAAGUUACAUCUCCUUCCUGGAGCCAGUAAGGCUAACAAGCUCCGAACAAAGACCUCAUACAAGACUCUGAACCCCAUCUUCAAUGAGACCCUUACCUACUACGGCAUGCGUGAUGAUGACAUACUUAGAAAGACCCUCAGACUCACAGUGUUUGAUGAGGACAGGUUUGGCCACAAUGAGUUUAUUGGUGAGACUCGUGUCCAACUGAAGCGCCUCAAACCCAACCAGACAAGACAGUUCAACGUCUUCCUGGAGAAGAUGAUGCCUCUGGAGAAGGAUGACGACCUGAUGUACGAGCGCGGUCGCAUCCUGCUGUCGCUGAUGUACCGCUCGCAGCGGCAGCAGCUGGUGGUGGGGAUCAUGCGAUGUGCCCACCUGGCAGCCAUGGACCCCAAUGGAUACUCCGACCCUUAUGUAAAAGUGUACCUCAAGCCAGACUACAAGAAGGCAACUAAACACAAGACAAGGAUGCUGAAGAAAACACUCAAUCCAGAAUUCAAUGAGGAAUUUGUGUAUGAUGUGAAGCUGAAUGAGCUUGCCAAGAAGACCCUGGAGAUCAGUGUGUGGGACUACGACUAUGGCAAGGCAAAUGACUUCAUUGGUGCUGUACAGCUGGGGGUCCAGUCUAAGGGGGAGCGCCUGAAGCACUGGUUUGACUGUCUGAAGUACCCCGACCGCAGACAUGAGCGCUGGCACGUGCUCAUCGAGGAGUUUGACCCCAUCACCACUCCCACCGACACAGUCCGAGAUUAAUCACACUCGCUCCCAGCACGUCAGCAGUACGUUCUGCACCUGCGCAAAACCCGUAAUGUAUUGUGCAUAGCACUUUGGCAGAACAUCUCGUAUAAUAGUAUUCGAGCAUAUGAGGUAAACAUCCCGUCCGAAAUUUCCAAAUGUUGUGUUGGAAAAGAUACCGUCUACAACAGGCAAAAUUCUGAUGCAACGGUGACCAAACAUCCAACGAAAACCGUGAAAAAUUAUGGGUAUUGUGCAGGCGCAGUACAUUCUGCAGAUGUGCUGCCACUCCCCACAUUCAAACAACUUCACAAGGUGCAGGAAAGAUAUUUAUAAACACACUGCAGAAACAGUUAGCCAAGCAGUGAUGACAUCCAUGCAGCAAUCACAUGUAUAAGGCUUUUGCUUCCAAGCAAUAAUCAUCUUUUCCAUCAACGCUUUUUGAUGUUGAAAUAGAUGUUUUAGUCAAUACCAUAUAACCAUUACCAUUAAAAGAAUUGUCAGCUCACAAAUUGUUGUAGACUGCUUAAUUGAUACCUGUAGAUAGCUUUUAAUUGAUUAAUUGAUUGAAUUAUGAGAUAGAUUUUUAUCUUACACAAGGUUUAUCUUACACAAGGAAGUUUUACUCUGAGAAAUAUUUUAUUGAUAAAGUUGAUAGGAGGUACUUAAAGUUCUAUUCAGAAACUGAGUUGAAUACUCGACUCAUAGGUUAGGUUACUUAGUAUAUGCAGAUGUCUCCAAGUUGAUUUAUUAAGAACUAAAAUCAACAUGGUUGAUUUUAAUAGAUGUAUUCAAAUUGAAUUUAUUAUUGAAAGAAUUAGAUUGUAAUUACUUCAAGCAAGUAAGGGUUAUUUGAAAGAGAUUAUACUCACUUCACUCACUGGUUACAAAGAGUUGACGCAUCAACCUAGUUUCAAAUAUUUAAAGUUCUCACAGAAGACAGACUAAUAUAUAUAAAAGGGAACCAUGUUUGAAUGAGGCAUAGAUACAUGUAUGGCAUUAAAUACUUAAAGAACAUGAAUGGAAUUGGGAGAUAUUUUAAAGAUUUGUGAUGGCUUUUAGAUUAACUGGAUAUCACUGACUUUACAGUUCUGUAAAAUGUCUUAAGAUUGGUGUCUUCUUAAAGGUUUUAGAAAAACAGAUUAUCAUGAUCAUAGAUCAUAGACCAUGAAAGAUGCAAUGAAUGGCAACUUUGCAAUGCGUGAUAGAAGAAGUAGCUUUAAUGUUUGCAAUGCUUAAUAGUGUUAGCUGGUCACAUUUGCUCGCAUUGCAGAUUACACAAAAAUUCACAUUGUAGCUGCUUACGUAAUAUGCAUAAUGACAAUAUGUCUACCAUCUUAGUAAUGAUCAUACAAAUAUGAUAUAGAUGACAGUGAACUUCAAUCUUCAAAUUUCAAACAACAAAUCACUUGGUUGCAAAUACAGUACAUAUUUAACAAAUUAUGUAAAUGCUAACCAACUUCUUCAAUUUGUCUUCUUGCAAACAGAUGGUAGAAGGAACACUGAAUUCUAAGUUGAACUUAUUUGUAAUGAUUUUAAACAUUUUCGUAGUAAAUUUAUGCUAAGCUUAUAUAUGAUUAGGGCACAAUAAAUGAUUAGGUUUGAAAAAUGUACAUUUUAUACCAUUCAUACAUGUACUAACACAAACUUUAGAACUAAAUACUGAUGUUUCUUUUUAAGUUACGAUAGACAACAGUACUAUAGUGUGCAUUUUUAGAGAAAAAACAAUAUUGUGUAUUUUUAGUGUGUCGGUAAUGGUUAUUUAUCAAAUAUCCGUGUGUGAACUUCUCAUUUUCUGUUGUAUUAUGUUAACUUAAAAAGUUUGUUUUUAUUCAAGUUUAUGAAAUCAAUGUAUAAUUUAGCUAUUCAAGAAAUUUUUAAACUAGGUUCAACCAGUGUGCUUCAUUUAGUAGAUUGAAUACUCCAGAUAAGGCAAUGGCAGCUCAUCACCUAAAAUACAUUCUGUAUUUCUUCAGUUUUAAAGAAAUGUUACCAUACACACUUCACUUUUAGUGAACUAUAGCCAAAGGGUCAACAACUGUAAAAGAUACAGAUGUACAUGUAUAUUCUUCAUGUUUGCUGCUUUUACUCUCACAUUGAAGGCUAGUCAAUGUUAUCAUAUCUUCUCAUAUUUAUUGAACACCUUUAUUGAGCUAUUUUGUGUGUACAGCAGGCUUUCAGUGAGCCUCUCUCAAAGAUCUUUGUGCUUAGAUUGAUGGACGUGUUUACUUACCUCAAAACUGCAUUAGAGCUACAUGUAAUAGGUAAGGUUUUAUGAAACCUACUUAAUGUGACAAAACACAACACACCAAAGGGAUGUUGUCCAUUCCAGAAGGAAAACACAAUCAUUACAAACUGUCUGAACUUCUCAAAAGAAAGGAUACGAUUUGUUGGUAGUGAGAAAUGUUCAGUUGCAAAUAAGAGCUUUUCAUGUCAUUGUCACAUAUAUAGUACAAACAUAACUACAUACUGUUCACUGCAGCCUUUCCAGAUCUAUGAUUCACAUGACAUGCAUAGAACAUGUCUCCAACACUGAUGUAGCUUGCAUGCAGUUGUGGACUGAAUGGGACAGAGCCAAAACACAGAAGCACCCUGCAUGGGUAAGCAUCCUUACAGUCAGUAUCUGAACCAUUGGACAAAAAAAGGGCUGUGAAAAUGAAAUCUGAGUUGAAGGUGUUGGGACUCAGGAUAUAAGUGGGAAAUAUGAUAUGAAAGAAUUUAGAAUAAAAAGGGGAGGUGUCUUUGGAAUCAUAUUAGAUUUUUGGCAUGAAAGAAAUUCAGAGCUUAGUUGAAUUGAAUUUUGAUUCAUUCAUUUGCAAUUGCACUGAAUAAAUGAAAGUGAAAUGUGUAGAUGCCUACAUGUACUCUUUAGGUACAUAAAUAUACAAUGUUAAUGCACGUCUCACCCCACCAUGUCAGGCUCUGUUUCUGCACAGCAUUGAGAGAAACUUCUGUCUAUUGGCUCUGCUGGUAUGACUUUAACAUUUGCCAUUGACUGUGGUACCAAUCAAGAGGGUUGUACUUAAUGGACAUAAGAAUCAGUCACUAUGAUGUAGCACACUUGACUUUAUUAUUCUGCAUGUAUAAUCAUAGGAGCAUGGCUGAUGCGAAAAUAAAUCAUUGGACAAUCAU